AUGAAACGAAGUGCUAGGGACGCUGCUGGGAACCCACCGAAACGGCCAUCUCGACAAGACCCCGUGUCAUGUGACUUCUGUCGAAAGAAGAAGCUCAAGUGCGACAGGGCGCUUCCAUGCAGCAGUUGCCGUGUCCGGAAAUUAUCCUGCUGCUAUGGAGCCCUUCCUUUGGGAGCCAGGGCCUCCACAGAACCCAGUCAAACUGAGGAAAGGAAUGUUGAUGACGGUAUACUCGCCCAAAAUGCGCGAUGGAACCCCCGACAAAGCAUUGAGACACAGAUCCGGGGUGACAACGAGCCUCUCCAGACAGUGGAUUGGCUGGAGACUAUCGUCAUGGGACCUCGGAUCCCAAGUGCUAUGCCUGACACCCUGAGGGCCGAGCUAUCCCAUCGAGGCAAUGAGGCUUCACCAUCGCAAUCCGCUGUUUCUGGAGAAUCGGCUACGCUGUUUGGACGAGGAAUUGCUUCUCGAGAGAACCCUGCAACUGUCCAUUUGCCGACCUACUUACCGCCCCUCGCAGAAGCGUUGGGUCUGUUUCAAUACUAUUGCAGGUAUCUUGACUUCCAGUAUCAUCUGAUCAUACCAACCCAGACAGAGGAGCAAAUCAAAGGCAUCUAUAUGAGUGCUAUGCACGACAAACCGAUAAACUUGGCACAUGCCGCUUUGCUUUUUAGCAUCGCUUCUGCUGCGUUAUAUUACAAACUCCUCAGAGAUGCACCGGACUACGCAGAGCAAAUCAGCCGGGAAGCAACUUUCCUAUCUGGAGCUGCAUUGAUUCAAGCGAACCACGUUUCCUAUCCCACCAUUGAAGGCCUUCAAGCAACUAUGUUAAUCGGCCACCAGUUGUCGAACAUGAAUUUGCCUCCGUCAGUCAGCUCCCUGUUUCUGCCUCGGUCAUCUGUGAGCCAGGCAAUCAGUUUGAGGCUUCAUCUCAUCGACUCUCCUCAAUUUGCCAACGAGCGCAUUUCAAUUCAAUCUGAAAAUCAGAAUGUUGAACUCAAACGCCGGCUGUGGUGGGAUUUGGUCGCAUACGACUGGCUCAUAGGCUUCCUGAGCGGGCCCCAGGAAUGGACCUACUCGAUACACCCACAACACAUGAUUGUCAACGAGCCCCUCAACCUUGAAGACGAUGAAAUCAACAAAACCCAAGGCCAUCCCAUGUCCACCCCGACCGCUAUGUCCUAUCCCCUCUGUCGCUUGAAAUUGGCUGUUAUGUGCCGCCAAAUUGUUGACGAGACCUCGCACUAUCAUCUACGCGGUCAAGAAGUACCAUAUGAGAUAACACUUGCGCUUGAUCGUAAACUACAAGAGAUUCUGUCGGAAAUUCCAUCGUUCUUCCGCUUCGAUCAAAGCUCGCGGCGUCAACAUGCUCAGCUCUACCAAGACCGACCGAUGUUUGCGUGGCAAAGAGCCAUGGUGCAGCAGGGCUAUCAUUCUCGAUUUUGUCGCCUGCACCGCGGUUACUUCGUGCGUGGGGCGAAGGAUCCCCGAUACUCCUAUUCGCAUGUGGUGUCCCUUCAGUCCGCACGCAGAGUCCUUGAAACAAAGCGCAUGAUGGACGAGGAAGGACCGGUCUUCACGCCUCAUAGCUCUGUUGUGUGGUCUGUCAUGCAUCAUGUCUUCAUGGCAGCUUCGAUCCUACUCAUAGACGUGUGCUUUAACUGGGAUGAUAUUUUAGCCGAGAAGCGAAGAGCAGAGGUUCUUGAUGCGUGUCGCAUGCUUGGUCGAGCUCAACAGUCCUCACCCAGUGCGCGCGAGGGGAUUAAUGCCAUGAUGGCCAUUUUGAGGAAGCAUUGGAGGCAUGAAAAACGCCCGGGUUCCCGGAGUCGGGAGGAUUAUUCGAUUGCUUCUUCGAAUGUUGUGUCUCAGGUUUCGCGGUCGGAUUUAAUGACGCCCGUUUCUUUGAGCACUGGAAGUACUGCGCUGCUCCAACGUCCAGAUGGACAGUCGACUUUGGACCCUUCGGCAGUUCUUCCUUCCGACCCUCCUCUGGAAGAUGUAUGGGCCGAAUUUAUAGAUGGCGGCGCUCACGCUGAGCUAGACACGCCAGACUGGACUGUCCUUCUCAACGAACUAACUAAUGUUGCCCUACCGAAUGAGUGA